AUGGAGGAGAAGGAGGCGCCGCCACCACCAGAUCUUGAAGGCCCUUCCGGCGGGGAGUCGCCGGACCGGGCGAGAGAACCCCAAGAAGAUUCCUCAGUGGACGUGAGGCCGUCGAUGGACCGGGCCGAGAUCUUGAGGGCACUGGAGAUCGUUGAAAGGGAUUCCGCUGCCAUCGCUGAGAGCUUCGUCUCUCUCUUCUCUACUCUUCGUGCGGCCCUGUCGGAGGUCUCUGAUUCCUCGAUGCAGCUUUUCGAUUUAUGCUCCGUUUUCUUAUUUUCUGAAUUAGGACGGUCUCCUGAGGUAAUAUGAGUAGGGAUGCUUCGGCGUCGGAAAAUGCUUUGCGGUACAAAAAUUACGCUAUCCCUAUCUCCUGUAACUAGUUUUUUGGUCGUGUGUCCUUUGCUUUAGUUGCUUGUUUGUGUGAUGUCUUCCAACUCUGUUUGUCGUUUGAAAGCGGGAAUUUAAGCCUUCGCAACGUUUAGUAAUAAUGAUCCUCGAAUUCGUGUUUUCUCGGAAUUAAUAGUCCAUGAGGGAAAUUAUAUGAUGGAAAGAAAGAGAAGGACGCUGAACAGGAGAGGGGAGAUAUACGAUAAGAUCAUGUAAUAGGAAUGUACACUGCAGAUCGAAGCAUUGGAGAUUAGAAAAAUCCGAAAUAGCACGCCGUAUAUUUAUCCUUCGCCCUGUGACUUUGUUAGCUAUGUUGUAGUACGUGGUUAGUUUUUGUUGAAGAUUCAAUGGAUCAGCUAUGCAUCAAUCCUCACACUGAAGUAAAAUAUCUUACAAGCUACAACUUUUAGGUUCUCAGAAAAAAUGAAAAUGGAUCUCUGUCGUCCAACAAGUAUCUAUCAUAAAUAUUAUUAUUUUUUAUCAUUUAAUUGGUUCUUGGCGUGUCUAACAGCAUUUUGUACUCUGCAUAGGUCAGCAGCACUUCAGUAGAGCAUAUGAGUUGUUUCAAUGAUGUUGUAGGCCGUCUCCAAGAAUCCGGUAUCUUUCUGAAACUACCAAGGUCUUUCUAGGAUUUGGAAUUUGAUGGCAUGAUAGUACGUAGAAGUUUUUCGCAUGUUUGGGGGUGUAGUACAUCUCACGAGAUGUAAAGCUGUUGAACGUGACGUUGACUUUAAUCAGUUGUAAUAUUAAUAGAUGAUCUUUUCAAAGAGAUUCCUGUCUUGGGAUGCAUAUUCAAUUUUUCUCUUCUGUUUGCAGUGCUCGAUGCAGCAGCCAAGGGAAAUAGAUACAUGAAUUCGUGCCUCAGGUUAUUUCUUUUUUUAUUUGAUACAUGGUUCAUGAUACAGUAUUACCAUCAAUAGUAAGCUGUUUCAUCGGAUCUUGGGUGACCAGCCCCAGUUGAACAACCAGAAGAGCUUAUGAAGGCUUUUUUAUGCGCAUUUAUUUUAAAUCUUGAAGGUUUUGAAAGAUUGGUUUUGUCCUUGCGCCUUUGCCGAAAUAGAAUGAUAUCCACACAAGGUCCUAUAUUUUAUGAUGUUUACGGGAAUUGAAUGCUCUCACUCGGACGCACAUACAUCCGUUCAAAUUUCCAUAAAAUACGAAGUCCCUUUCAGUUUUUUUUUCUUGUGUUGAAAUGGUUUUACGUCGCUCAAAGAUCGUUAGCAUAACUCCAAUGGCCUGGAAAUUUCACAAAGUCAAAGUUGAUCAUACAACUACAAAAAAAGUGAUUAAAUGGCUUAUCAAGUAGUCAAACGAGUCAAAAUUUUCAAAAAAAUAUCAGUUCAUUUAAGUGACUUCACAGUCAGCUGUUAUGAAAUAUGAUGGCAAAAUAACAUGAGGGAAUGCUUUGAGGUUUCUCGAAGAUUCUUUCUAAUGUUCAUAGGCUAUAGCAGUAUGGUGCAGGAAAAAGAUAGCGAAGGUUCAUGGUUUUGUCUCUAAUUUAAUGCCGAUGCCAUUGAAAUCCUUGAUCAUUAAGAUUUGAAGAACUCUGUCAGCCAAAACAGAAGAGGAUGGGCGAUCUUAACAGGAACACGCUAAGUAGGAGUUUUUUUUUUUUUUUUUUUUCUUCUGUAGUACUGGCAAUCAAGAUGGAAUUUUCUUUAACAGCAUUGCUUUUGGUGACAUGAAGGCGUAGCCUGAUUCUUUAUUCUGCAUGUUUUCUACAGAUUAAAUGAGGAAAUGAAGGGGAUGGAGAGUCUAGCUAUGCAAUUGUAUCCUCUUAUUCAUCUCUUUGCAGUCAGAUUUCUGAUGCGUGCAGGCUGUUUUUAUUAUUUGUGUUGUCCUGUUCAGCCUCCGGACACGGUUUGCAUCUAAAAUCCUUUAAAAACUUUAUGAAAUGAUCUUUCUGGUUUAGUCAAUAUUAUGGUUUCUUUGACCAGCAAUUACCAUCCAUCAGAAAAUAAACCCUGAGAUGGGCUCGCUUUGAAACCGGCCUAAGAAUGACAAAGAGUAGUCAACGUUGAUCCUCUCAGGAGAUAGAACGCCAGCCGGUAGAUAUCAAGGUUUAGAUGGCUUGAGAUCGCUGACUAAUUCUAUGGAAAUUUCCUUUUAUGUUGGGCUUCCUGACGCGUGUUAAAGAAAGAUCUUGAGGAGGAACGUUGACGUCCUGGACUCAGCGGUCAACCGGCUUCUGCGUCUCCAAUGA